CCACGCGCGGCCGGCAGCGAACUACACUUCCCGGCAGGUCGCGGCGCGCGCACGCGCACGGGGGUCCUCCGCCAUGGCGACAGUGCUGUCCAGGGCGCUCAAGCUCCCGGGGAAGAAGAGCCCAGACCUUGGCGAGUACGACCCCCUCACCCAGGCCGACAGUGAUGAGAGCGAAGAUGAUCUCGUGCUUAACUUGCAACAGAAGAACGGAGGGGUCAAAAACGGGAAGAGUGCCCUGGGAGACCUGCCAGAGCCUGACUCAGAUGCAGAUGUGGCUGGGGCUGCAAAGCCACAUCUUUCAGAAGUCACCCCAGAGGGUUUCCCCUCGGAACCCCUUGGAGGUCUGGAGCAGAAGGCCACCUCUUCCCUGGUGUCCUAUGUGCGCACAUCUGUCUUCCUGCUGACACUGGUGAUCUCCAUGGUUCUGGUGCUCCUCUGCGCCUUCCUCAUCCCCUGCCCUCCCAGAGACCUGCAUAGCACUUGGAGCCGGCGCCUGGGCUCCCAAGGAGGCGGGGACCUGUCUCCCCUGGAGUUGGCUGACGUGAAUAGGGAUGGCCUGCGGGACGUGCUUCUCACCUUUGUGACAACCAGGAACGGGACCGAAGGAGGUGGUGGCUCACAACCGACCGCCGAUCUUGUGUGCCUUUCGGGGAUGAAUGGCAGCACACUGUGGUCCAGUCCCCUCCCAGAGGAGGCUCAAGAUGUCACAUGCUUAGAUCUGAUACCAGGAAGCGUGGCCAAAACCAUCUGCCUCGUGACAGGGACUCGAAAGAUGCUCAGUGCAUUCAAUGCGACGUCAGGGAAAGUCCUCUGGACUCUAAACCCAAACGAUCUGUCCAACGGUACCUUGGCCGCUCCGGUUGUGGUGCUGCCAGACCUGGAUGAAGAUGGGGUCAGAGAUCUGGUGGUGCUGACCAUUGGAGAAUCGCAGCCAGAUCUGUGCUUCCUGCUGGUAUCCGGCCGCACAGGGCGUCCUGUGGGCCGACCUGUGAAGUAUAAUGUCGUGGGAGUGGGGAAUCUGAUUGGUCCCCAGGUUUACAUCACUGCCAGUGGAGCUGUCUACAUCUUGUUUGGCUUUGGAAAUAUUCGAGCUGUCGCCCUGCGGGACAUUUUUGUUCAGGCCCAAAAUCGAGACAGCUCACCACCCUCUCUGCAGAUAGAAGAGCCGGAAUGGGAAAAGCACAGAUCUGUCAACCUUUCUGAGCUCAUUGAUGUUUACAGUGAUGGAGUUGAGCUUCUCCAGUUGGUGAAGGCACCAGAUUCCAACAGCAGCAGCCUCCUGAUUACAACCAGACAAAGCCUGGUCCUGCUUAGGGGACAAGAUCUUACGAUUCACUGGAAACUGGACCUUCAAGGCCUGCACAGCCAGCCCGCUCCUGGGUAUUUCACCGAUGACCAGACAUUGGACUUCUUUGUGCAGACACAAGAUGGAGAGGGGAUAAAAAAGGUGACAGUGGUAGACGGCGGCUCUGGCUCCAUCGUCUGGAGUUACAGUAUUCCAUGUCACAUGAAGGAAACACCGAUCACUUCUGCAAUUACUUCAGACCAGAAGUCUGUCUUCCUCUUCUGGGCAGAAGCGCUGACUGCUGCAUCUCUCAGUUCUGAUGACAGCUCAGGAGCCGAGCCGCCCGGCCUCUACCACCUUUACCUCCUGCACCCAGCCUUCCCCUCUCUCCUCCUGGAGCUGAGCAACACCACUGGCAUAGUGACAGCUUCGGAGGUUGGAAUCAAUGACAUCUGGAAAGAUGCCUUUUAUGUCACCAGGACAACAGGGAUGAGCCCCGAAGGACACCCUGCCUCUCUGGUGGUCAGCAAACUUAGCCUGCGCUGGGCACUCAUGGAAGGCCAGAUGAUCCAGUUGAAGGAGACCACCCCUAAAAUUGGCCGUGGGGAACUGCGAAGAUUCUUGUCUAGGAUAAAGUUUGUUGAUUCUCCCUACCAGUUCUAGUGCAACAGAAUUCGUCAGAGUCAGAAGAACUCUAUGGACUUGCUCCUGUCUCUCCUGUGUCAGUUCUCUGGAGAGAGGAUGACUUCGGGGCCAUGCAGCACUUGGGAUCACUGUGCUUUGGCAGCCUGUUGGAGCUGAGAGAUGUAGCAUGGUCCGCUUAGCUGGGGAAUCUCACGACCUUCCCAUCCCUGCACUAACCCCUUCUCCCAAGAACUCUGUGUGGAUACUUUGGAAAUGUGAAUCUUAUAGCUGUUUAUUUUUAAGUUUUUUUUUUGUACCUUUAAUUUAUAAACCCUUUCGGGGAAAUCCAGUGGCCUACAAGCAGGAUAUAUGUUGUUUUACGUUAGGCCCUGUGUAUGUGUGUGUGUCUCUGUGUGUGUCUGUGUGUCCAAUGUUGUAACAAUUAUUUCUGAGAUAUGCCCCAAGCUUCAGGAAUUCCAUUUCUUAUCCUCAUGAAGGUCGUCUGGCUUGGCCAUCUUGAUGCGUCCUGAGGGUCACACACCACUGUUUUCUCUCCGCCUGUACUAUGGUUCCUUUUCAACUCUAGACAGCAGUGAGAAACACUGGAUGUCGUGAUCGGGCUAGUUAUCCAGUAUGCCCAUCUGUCUGUCUCCUAGGCCCUCCACCUGUUGAGUGGUCAUGAGAACAGACAUGCCUCUAACACAGAGGGAGCAAGGGAAAGACUUUCCAGGACUCCUGGUCCUUGUGUCAAGCCCCUCGGGCUUCGAUGGCUCUGCAGCUGUGAUCUCUGAUUCUGCAGUAAUGACAGAGGGUCUGCAUGCACACUGUCCUCAGCUUAAAGUUGGAAGUCCCAUGGCCUUGUCCUGCCGCAGCUCUGCCCUCUCGCUCUGAGUCUUCUCUGGGACAUCUCCAUCUCCUCUUGCUUCCUCUUUUAUUCAGGGAUCUGUUUCUGGACUUUUGCUUCUUGGCUCUGGUAUGCAACCACUCUGGCCCCAUGACCUUCCCUCCUUGUAGAGCUUUGUAGCAUUAUAUUCUGAGAAAGUUCUCACGUAAACACUUUUUAUAAUGACCAAGUUCUUUAGAAUUAUUGCCAUCCUUUUCUGCCCCUUUCUUUGUAAAUGUGUGACCUCUUUUACUCUUUCAAAUGUCUAUGUCGUUCUAGGAUAUGCCGUCUGUUCUCAUGGUGGCGUAUGAAAAGGAAGUUCUCUUGAGGGAAAACCAGACUCUCUCCUCACUUGGCCGUGUGUGUCUUUUUAGCUUGUGUUAAUGACAUCCCAGGAAACUAGAUUCUAGGUUUAAGGGGCUAUCUAUGAAUUGCCCAUAAUCGAUGUUAUGGGUCACAGAGGUUGGUACUUGGUCCAUCCUGCAGAUUGGCCUCACCAGACUUGUUGGUACCCCUGCCAUAAAGAUCAGAGAAGCAUAUUUGGAAGUCAUAUGGGACCAGGCUGACUUUGGGUAGGGGAACAAUGGAUAGGAUCCUUUAGAGUCUGGAGAUGAUUCUAGGUUCAUGUCUAGUAAGUUGAAUUUCUGCCAGUAAAAGGGUUUAGAAUAUAGUUUGGAUUAUGGACUAGUUUGCAGUGGACUAACAUGUCAAAUGGGUGGUGGUCUUAAGGUCUUACUGAGCCCCUGUAGGUAAAGUGUGUUCUCUGCAGUAUUGAUGUUCUCCGAGAAGCCAGCUAGUACAGGAAGGGGUACGAUACAAAGAUACUCAAUGGAGACACGUUUGGGUGGUGUUGCUCAGUCUGGAGGCUGUUUUUGCUCGUUGAGUCUUAGAGGAAGCUAUGUAGACAGUAUCACUGAAUUCUCGGUGUUUUGGUAAAUAACAUCCUAACUUCUUACUAGAAGUGUGAAUCUCUUCCUUGCUGAAUGCAAUGGAAAUUCUAGGCUUACUUCCUGUUGCAGCUGGUACAGAAAGGUAGCUGAAGGUUGAGACGGCUUCAUCUGGCCUCCUGUCAAACACCUCCCUGAACGUCCUCCUCAUGGCAGGCAACAGCUCACCCAGAUAUCCAGGAUAGGAAGUGUUCGAUGUGGGUGGCCCACAGAACCAACCUGAGCACUCCUCAGAAGUAUUGCUGUCUGCAGGGCAAGGCUGUCCCCUCCUCUCAGCCUCUCCUCUCCUUCCUUUGUAAGCCCUCCCCCCUUUGCCCUGCACAACAUCCUCACCAGCCCCCAAACAUGCGGUGUGGUGAUACCGACUAGCCCCAGGAAUGUGAAUCGCUGUCCACUGUGACCUGCGUUGAGGAGCAGCCGGGGAUUUGUUGCCAGAAAUCACCGUUUAAAAUGUGAACUGCUACAGAACAAAUAAAUGGUGUGUACAGGAAUA